AUGGGAUGGUUCGACGGACGAUCCUCAACCCACGGGCACUCCCACGGGCACCAUUCUACCAGCCAUUCCAACGGCUACUUCGUGCGCCGCAAGGGCUCACCAACACGCAGCAAAUCGGGCUACUCAACUUACCACUCGCGCAACUCGGCGCCAUCCUUCUUCAACCUAGGCCGUACUAGCAGUGGGCGAUCGAGUCCCGCGCACUCCGUCUUCUCCUCCUUCUCGUCCUCGUCCCGAAGAGCUCGACCGCGUGAGGGCUUUGUCCAGCGCAUGGUCCGCGCAAUCAAGCGCCUUUUCCGUGACAUCUAUCGCUAUGCCCGACACCACCCAAUCAAAGUGUUGAUGCUGGUGAUCAUCCCGCUGCUUACUAGCGGCGUGCUGCCCAAAUUGCUGGCUAUGAUUGGACUGCGGCUGCCUCAUGGGCUGAUUAGUGCUCUUGGUGGAAGCACUGGGGGUGCUCGCGGUGGUGGCUUCGGCGCGAUGGAUGGCGGACGUGGCAUGUCGGAGAACCUCACCAGCUUGAUGAACAUUGCGAAGAUGUUUGCCUAG